AUGGCGCCUCCUCCCUCGUUCAUCUCCGCAACAAAGCAAUAUCGAAAAAAAAUCGAACGAGUCGGAAGCUCUGCAAUUCUCUUUGAUAAUUCCGUCAAGAGAGUACACAAGAUACACGAUACGGACCACGGCCAUUCGUACAUUUCCAAAGGUCCAUAUGACUGGAAAGCUGGAAACACUUUGCAUGCGACUGAAGCGCAAACGAGCCGCAAAAGAUGGGAUGACGGGGUCCGGGCAGCAGGGACCGAGCGUGCUAUCCUGAUGCAACAAUACUCUGGCUCCGCGACGCUGGCCCUUGGGUGCCACCACGACAACACCAAAGGCUCUGCCCUUUUCUUCUUUGGUCGGCGACUCGCGUUACCCGUCGACGACGUCGGUGGAUUCAUUAUUUCCCAAUUAAUUUACUUUUUAUUCUUGAUUCAAAAAGAGAGUUUCCUUUAUACCAGUAUUUCCGACAAGCUCGCGGGCUUUUCCGCUUCAUUCUGCACCGGCCCAGGCCGUUUCCUUCUCACAUCACCUCCUAUCCGACUCAACACAGCCUUCGCCAUGAAUGCCAGCUAUGAACGACCCGAGAGGUCGCGAGGCACGCCCCUCACCCGCAUGCUCAUGAACGGCGAGGUGUCCAUGGAAAAACAGCUCGACCUGACAUCAAGAGAAAAGUUUGACCGCUGGAUGAUUAACGAGGGCUAUCGAAGAUUCUUCGUCUUCGUUUUUAUCCUUGCCCAUGGCCUCAUCUUCGCCUUUGGCUGCGUCCACUAUGGUCUCAAGGACUCCCUCGCGGGCCCGCGCGGCAUCUUUGGCUUCACCUUUACUGUGGCCCGCGCCUCGGCCCUGGUGCUGCACGUCGACGUCGGCAUCGUGCUCUUUCCCGUGUGCCGGACGCUCGUCUCGCUCAUGCGGCAGACGCCCCUCAACGGCGUCAUCCAGUUCGACAAGAACAUCACCUUUCACAUCACGACGGCUUGGUCCAUUGUCUUUUGGUCCUGGGUGCACACCAUUGCCCACUGGAACAACUUUGCCCAGGUCGCGGCCAAGAACAACCUGGGCUUCUACGGCUGGCUGCUCGCCAACUUUGCCUCGGGCCCCGGCUGGACCGGCUACGUGAUGCUGCUCGCUCUCAUGGGCAUGGUUGUUACGUCGCUUGAGAAGCCGCGCCGCGCCAACUAUGAGCGCUUCUGGUACACGCACCACAUGUUCAUCGUCUUCUUCUUCUUCUGGUCCCUGCACGGCGCCUUUUGCAUGAUCCAGCCCGACGUUGCGCCUUUUUGCACCAGCAUCGGUGCCUCGGCCAUUGGUGUCUUUUGGCAGUUUUGGAUGUACAGCGGCUUCUGCUACCUGGCCGAGCGCGUCGCCCGCGAGAUCCGCGGUCGCCACAAGACGUACAUUUCAAAGGUUAUCCAGCACCCGAGCCAGGUCUGCGAGAUUCAGAUCAAAAAGGAGCACACCAAGACGCGUGCCGGCCAGUACAUCUUCUUCUGCUGCCCCGCCGUCUCGCUCUGGCAGUAUCACCCCUUUACUCUCACCAGCGCCCCCGAGGAGGACUACAUCUCCAUCCACAUGCGCUGCCAGGGCGACUUCACUAUGGCCGUGUCGGCCGCGCUCGGCUGCGAGUGGGGUAAAAAGGGCGACACGAGCAAGGUCGUCGGCGUCGAGGCCGCUGAUGCCUCCAACGGCGUCGAUCCAGCCCUGCGCCGCGUGCUCCCGCGCGUGUACAUUGACGGCCCCUUUGGCUCCGCCUCUGAGGACGUCUUCAAGUAUGAGGUGUCGGUACUUGUCGGCGCGGGCAUCGGCGUGACGCCGUUUGCCUCGAUCCUCAAGUCCAUCUGGUACCGCAUGAACUACCCGCAAAAGAAGACGCGCCUGUCCAAGGUCUACUUUUUCUGGAUCUGCCGCGACUUUGGCUCUUUCGAGUGGUUCCGCUCGCUGCUCAUGGCCGUCGAGGCGCAGGACGUCGAGCACCGCAUCGAGAUCCACACGUAUCUCACGGCCAAGAUCAAGAGCGACGACGCGACCAACAUCAUGAUCAACGACGCCGAUGCCGAAGCCGACGCCAUCACCGGCCUGCGUAGCCCUACCAACUUUGGCCGCCCCAACUGGGACAUGAUCUUCAAGGGCAUCCGCAAGCUGCAUACUCCUGGCGAGGCGGGCGUCUUCUUUUGCGGCUCCAAAGGUCUGGGCAGCUCCCUGCACGUCUACUGCAAUAAGUAUUCCGAGCCUGGGUAA